AUGGUAAUAGAAGUCAGAGAAAUGCUCAAUAUAGGAGAAGCCAUUGAUGAGGAUGAGGCAGUGGAAGCCUUAAGGGCUGGUGACAACGCUUUAUCAAUUGAUCUUGGAAGUGGUUACAUGAGUGCAUAUAGAUGCCAAAAUUCAUUUUAUGCACUAAAGACAAGAUAUUACAAGAGAAUUCCAUUCUUACAGACCAUAAUACCAACCUUCCAUAACUCCACAUUCCCUACUUUCAUCUUGACUGGGGUCCCUGGACUUGAAUGGGCCCAUGUCUGGAUCUCCAUCCCUUUCUGCUGCCUCUAUUUCACUGCCCUUUCUGGGAACACCUUGAUCCUGUUCACAGUCCUCACUGAGCCAAGCCUCCAUGAGCCCAUGUACUAUUUCCUCUCCAUGUUGUCCACCACUGACAUUGGCUUAUGCAUCUCUACACUGGUGACAGUACUGGGAAUAUUCUGGGUCAAUACCCGGGAAAUCAGCUUCAGUGCUUGCUUAUCACAGAUGUUCUUCAUUCACCUCUUCACUUUCAUGGAAUCUUCGGUUCUCCUGGCUAUGGCCUUUGAUCGUUUUGUGGCCAUUUCUAACCCCUUGAGAUAUGCUACCAUUCUAACUCAAGCAAGGAUCACAAGAAUUGGUUUGGCAGUCAUUACCAGGGGGACUGUCAUUCUGACACCACUAGUCCUGCUUCUUAAGCGUCUGUCAUUUUGCCGCAGCCUUGUGCUCCGUCACUCCUACUGCUUCCACCCAGAUGUGAUGAAGCUCUCGUGUUCAGAUGCAAAGAUCAAUAGUGCAUUUGGACUAACCGCAAUUAUCUCUACUGCUGGAGUGGACUCUGUCUUUAUCCUGCUUUCCUACGUUUUGAUCAUUCGCUCUGUUCUCAACAUUGCUUCCCCAGAGGAGAGGAAAAAGGCCUUCAGCACCUGCAUUUCUCAUAUCACUGCUAUGGCCAUAUUCUACAUCCCUUUGAUCAGCCUGUCUUUUGUUCACAGGUUUGGAAAACGUGCUCCACCCUAUGUGCCCACACUCAUUGCUAAUGUAUACUUGCUCAUUCCCCCUGUGAUGAAUCCCAUCAUCUAUAGUGUGAAAACAAAGCAGAUUCAAAAAGCUAUGCUAAAACUUUAUUUUCUAAAGCCUGAUGCAUAA